UGUCCCGCCCCUUCCGCCUCCCCCCGUCUGUAGUCCCUGACCCGGGCGCUGACAUGGGGGAGUCGCGGCGGCUCCUGCCGGUCAGGUCUCCCCUCAUCGCCUGCCCCCUGGAACCCGCCACGGGAUGGUGAGGCACCGGCACCGGGGGGACGUCACCUGGAGGCGGUGUCAGCGGCCGCGCACCAAUACAAGGACUACAGCUCCCGGCAAACCUUGCGCCCCCGCGCAUGCGCAGAACGUGCCGGCGCCUCGCACUACAUUUCCCGGCACCCCCCUCGGCCGCUGUUCUGCAGAGCAUCCUGAGGAGGAGGAGGAAGAAGUAGAGACUGGGAUAUCUUUGACCCGGAGACGACCGAUCCUGAAGCAUCAGGGCGCACCUACCCACCCCGCAGUGUGAGGUGUGCCAACGCUGCGAUGAAUCUGGAACGCGUUCCUAAUGAGGAGAAGCUGCAGUUGUGUAGGAAGUAUUACCUUGGGGGAUUUGCGCUGCUGCCUUUCCUGUGGCUGGUAAAUGUUCUCUGGUUCUUUAAGGAAGCGUUCUUCAAACCAGCGUACACGGAGCAGCCUCUCAUACAAAGCUACGUGAAGCGCUCUGCGUUUGGCCUCUUUGUCUGGGUGGCCAUCCUGACAACAUGGAUCAGCAUCUACCAGACGCAUCGGGCCAGCUGGGGGGCGACCGGUGACUACCUGUCGUUUACUAUACCGCUAGGCAUCCCCUGACACCGGGGGGCGCACUAUGGUUGUACACCUGGGACCACCUAUUCUCGACCAGCAGUUCACCGACCUCUUUGCACUUCUCCUCAUCUUGCUGCAGACUCCAUGUCAAGAUGCGUCAACUACAACAAAGGCAGUUUCCAGCCAGGACCGGGGGUACG